GAGAGAGAGAGAGUGAGAGAGGUAUAGUCAAGUCUGUUGAGGUCUCGUGAACGAGGGAGCGGUGGGAAUUUAUAAGGAUGUUCGCGAUAAUGCCGAUGGAGACAGAGGGGCACGGCAGGGAGUUCGGCCGCCGGCAGAAGAUGCGCGCCAAGUGCACAGUCGAGUUCGUCUGCAAGUACUGCCAGCGGCGUUUUACCAAGCCCUAUAACCUCAUGAUACAUGAGCGCAGUCACAAGGACGACGUGACCUUCACCUGUGAGGUCUGCGGAAAGUCCUUCAAACGACAGGACAAUCUCAAACAGCACAGGAGCAUACACUCUGUUCCUUACAAGGGUUCCAACGGCUACUCGAAUGGCUAUUCGAAUGGCUACUCUAGGUAUUAGAAGCCAUGUCCAGCCGACUCUCCCUUACUCCCCACCCCAACCUGCCCCGUAGAUGAUUUUUUUUUAUUCCAUUAUUUUUUUUUUCAUCAAACUAUCUGUAGGAUUCUAUCUGCCAGUAAAUGUAAACGAGAUUUCUUAACCGAUCCCCCUUUUUUAACCCUCAACCCUACGAAAUCCGAGAGGAGAAAUUUUAAAAAACAAAGAUGCCAAGAUACACCGGAUGUCAUCGAGCUAUCGCCACUUUGGGUCUUAAGUCCCAAAUCACCUGGAUUAUGGAUGGAAAAUCUGCUAUCGUUGAAACAUCUGUAAGAUAGCGGUGUGUGAAUAAAAAUAAAGCGAUAUUUAUUUUGGGCCUUAUUACAUCGUGCGGGGCCCAAUGUGGUGAAUUCCUUCGGGCAGAUGUCCGUAAAUUGGACUACGUAAUAACCGGCCCCACCGUCCGACUGGAUGGAGAAACCUGGCUACCGAAGUGUAGCAAUGAACGGCUACUGUGGAGCACGCCCAGGCCCCAGGCGACAUUUGGGCCUCAUCUUCGGCCAGCUGUAAUGCCGGUGCUUCCACCAGUGAUACUGAUAUUAUUGCGGUAUAUAAUUGAGAAAAUUGAUUCCACCAUUAUCAUUAUUCAAUUUUGAAUUGUUUUCCUUCUGAAAUGGGCCUUGCUUGAUAAUACCAUUGGGUCUUAUCUUGAAAUUCAAUGUUUUCUGAUAAGAUAGCGUGCGGAACAGCAGUAUAUUGAUAGCAGACUAUUUAUUCAACUUCAAGGACUUUCCCAUAAUAAAUUGCGUUGAAGUUGAUAAGUCCCAAAAUGAGACUUUUUGGGCCUUAUGAUUAAAAAUUUAUAAAAUCGCGCACGGAACGAGUGUACACUUAUACCAGAUUAUUUGUUCAGUCUCAAGCAGAAUGCUAAAGAAUGGGCCUUAUGAGAAAAAUUUGGGUUUUACGAGGUUGUAUAUUCAUGGAAAUAUGAAGUGAUGAAAUUGCGCACAUUUCAAUUUUGUGAUACUUUUGAGAUUUAUUAAAGAAUUGUAUCGAAGUUGAUAAGUCCCAAAAUGGAACUUAUUUUUGGGCCUUAUCAUUAAAAAUGUGCCUUAUCCGAAAAUUUUGUAAGUUCUUUGAAAUUAAUGGUGAAAUAGGAAGGAACAACGAACUCAUUUCGAAAUCUAGUGAAAACUAUUGGGCCUUAUCACGAAAAAAAUCAAUUUUUUUCAAUGUAAUGUUCACGUCAAAACGCAGACUCUUCCAUAAUUUUCUGGUUGACUUACCUUGAUCAGAUCAAGAGAAGCAUCAACAACAUGGUGGUCUGAGGGGUUCCGUACGGUCCAGUUUCCACUGGGUAAACAGCAAGUCUCCGCUUGUCACUUUGUAUUUUAGCCGCGACAAUUAUCACAUCUGCCAAUCUAAAUCAAUCGCAUGGAAAUGGCCACAAAUGAUUAAUUGGAUUUUAAUUCGCGCGUUUGCCCCAGUCAAUCGAUGUCUGUCGAUACCCAUUCCCUUUACGUCAUCGGUUUGGGACUUGAUACAUGAAAAAAAAAAGUUCGGGGAAUUUUGCAAUGAUUUUGACCUCGAGCCGCCUUCAAUUUAGGUUUUAUUAAUUAAUUUACAUGCCUUAUUUAUUUAUUUCUAAUUUUUUCGAUCAAUAUAAAUAUUCUUCGGUUGUUUAAAACGGCGGACAAAGGAGUGAUUCGAGGUCUCGAUCAUUCGCGAAAUUAAUUUACAAAAAAAUUGUUUAUGAUAAUAAAUCCGUGAAUCUAGGUGUCUCCUCUCAUUUCAUUAUUCAAGAUUCUUAUUAAUUAUGUCAUGUGAAAUAAUAUAAACAUUGUGUCGACGGUUGUGGCGACUCGAGGGUCUAUCGAGAUAUAGCUUUCCAGCCUGAGUCAAAAGAAAAAACAUUUGUUUCUUAAUCAAAAGAAAAAUGAAAAUUGUCUCGCCGGCAAUUCCAAGAGCAGCGACAAAAACUAUAGCAGAAAAAAAAAAUUUUAACCUGAAAAAAAAUAAUAAAAUGAGACUGCAGUCGCGCUUUGUAAAUAGCUUUACUGUGUUUUUAAUAUUAUUAUAUUAUAUAAAUAAUACAAUCAAUCAUAUAUUAUUAUUUUAUAUAAAUAUUAUCAAAAUAGUUGGAUAGUCAUUUCUUCUGGCGCUGAAAAAAAAAAAAAUACAUUCUCCUGUCACUGAAAUCGUGUCUUGAGAGUAUGCAAUGUUUUUUUUUUCAAUUUGAUUUUUUAUUAUAUUAAUUCUCUUGUCCAUGCUCUAGUAUUAUUUCCGCCCCAUUGUACCUAGUAC